AUGACAAAUUCAUCAUUUAUUAAAUUAUUCACCUUAUUAUUAACCACUAUUAUUAUUAAUUAUAAUUUUAAUCAAUAUUUUUUAAUAAUUACUAAUGGUUUUGAUAAUAAUCAUAAUGAAAUUCAACAUGAUGAAUCUACUCCCUGUGGUCAUAAUUCACUUAAUUCCCACGGUUACUAUUAUAUAAAUAAAGAAAAUAAUAAUCAAUGUAAUUAUAAAAAUCAUGAUGGAAUUCAACACGAUGAAUCUACUCACUGUGGUCAUACUUCACUUAAUUCACACGGUGACUAUUAUAUAAAUAAAGAAAAUAAUAAUCAAUGUAAUUAUAAAAAUCAUGAUGGAAUUCAACAUGAUGGAACUACUCCUUGUAGUCAUUCUUCACCUAAUUAUAUUGGUGGUUAUUGUAUAGAUGAUUAA